AUGAAGAAGGGUGACCUCGGGGUCAGAGGGGCCCCAAGGCUUAAACUAAGGCUCGGUGAACGAUCCUCUAGCCAUAACACUUCUUUCCUCGGACCCUGGGAUAGAGAACUUGAUAGUGAUGAAGAGGAUUUAGCAUUUGAGGAGCAGUUCAUACUUAGGAUGCCAGAGAAUGAGGACGCAGACCAGUUAAGGCAAAUGGUUGCCGCUCGGGAUGUCAAGGAGGAUGUAUGGUUUAAGUUUACAGAUUCGCGACGGGGCGUGUUUCACAUGGGCGAUAACUCUUACACCGCCAAAUUAGUUGACUUGCCCUCGAUCAUUGAAGCUCAGAAAACACUUGAUAAUCGACAGAUGUUCAAGAUAGCUGACAUCUGCCAAAUGUUAGUUGUAGAAAAGCCUGCGGCAGCUAUGACUUCAGCAGACCGUCCCAUUGAGCAGCUCGGCUCUCAGAAUUUUGACGUAAAAGACUUCAUUUGGCCUCACGGGCUGACUCCCCCGUUGCGUCAUGUAAGGAGGAGGAGGUUUCGUAAACGCAUAAACAGAGCGACAAUUGAAAUUGUCGAGCAUGAGGUGGAGAGGCUGCUUGCUGAGGACGAUGCUGCGGAAGAGACAAACUAUGAACUGUUGGAGCAUGUUAAUCCUGAUCUGUCUGACUCCGAGUUCGAUAACGAGCAUCUUUUUGAUCAAACAGCUUCAGGAAUCGACCAAGAAGGGCUUGACGUUGAUACUGAACAAGACACCGUGCCUCCAGGCGAAGAUGACGACACAGAUGAAGUCGGGGAAGAUGAGGAUGAGGAUGAGGAUGAUGGAUUCGAUGCUGCGUUUGCGGCAGAAAUCGACCAGAUGGAUGCCGAUCGAAACGAUGGUGAUGGCGAGGAGCAUAAUCUUGAUCGGGGAAGUGAUUCGGGAGAAGACGAGGAUGAGGACGAGGAUGAGGACGAGGACGAGGAUACUAUUCAGGCACGGAAGCUUCUCAAUGAAGAGAUUAAAGAUUUGGAGGUGGCGAUAGAAAAGAAAGUUCACGAUAUUGCAAGUGUUCAGAAUGUUCUCAUCAAGCGACGGUUUGAGGACGCACUCAAGAAGUUAAGAGAAGAUCUGGACAGCAGGAUCGCUCAACGAGUGAAGAUAAGUGAACGAAGCCGAGUAGUUGGUGAGAUAUGCGUAAGAUCGGAGGGAAUCCCCAUCCGGAGCUGA